AUGCAUCUACACAUGUAUCUUUAUUACUUAACUCCCACUUCUUCACUGUCUAGCUAUGGUUUUGGAAGAGGUGGUUGUAUAAGCUAUCAUGGUGGUAGUGGAUGUGGUUGCCAUGGUAAUGUGAAAUGUCAAGUCUGUUUCAAAUUUGGACAUAUUGCCACUAAUUUUUAUUACAAGUUCGUUCAACACUUUUAUGCACCUAUUCCUUACGAGUUUAUUGGAUAUCCAGUUUUUCAAAAUGCUUAUAAUAACUCAUAUACACCUAAUGGUUUUUCCUAUGGAACACCUCGACCUAACAUGCAUCCUAGACCACCACCAUCCUACCCUCCUCAUUACAUACAACUCUCCCCACCAUCAUCUUAUCCUCCACCUAAUGCUAUGCUUACCAGCUCCAAUCCCUCAGCUAAUAGCUCCUGGUUCCCAAACUCAGGAGCUUCCUAUCCUAUCUCUAAUAACUCUAAAAACUUCCAACAAUGUGCUCCUUUUGAAGUUCCUAAACAGAUCUUUAUAGGAAAGAGACAAGGUUUGACUAUUAUCUCUUCUGGUUCCUCUACUUUUCUUUCUCCCUCUAAUUCCAACACUUCAUUUAUUCUUGAAAAACUCUUACUAGUGUCAUCUAUCGCAAAAAAUCUCAUUACUGUUAGAAAAUUUGCUAAAGAUAACUAUUUAUUUUUAAUUUCACCUAGACAAAUGUUUUGUGAAAUCUCAGGAUAA